GCUGGAAGUUAUUUUUUGAAGUUUAUUGAACCAAAAACUAUAAGUGCAUCUUAAUUAUUGAGGCUCAUCACAUUUUUUUUUUAGUUGAAUCAACUUAAAACUGCCAGUACAACAUACCAACACUAUUUAAGUAAUGCAACAAAACUCAUUUUUUUCAGCUGUUGUAUACUUAAACUAUUUGCACAGAAACUAAUGUGGGUUUACAGGUGGUAUGAUAUUUUUAGUUUUGGUUAGGUGUCUUUUCUUUGUUAACAGACUGGCAAAUAUACUGCCCUUACACAGCGCUUUUCUAGUGUUCUAGCUCUGUAUAUUGCUUGUAUAAUCCUUCUUUCAAACACUGAUGGCAGGCGCUGCUAUGCAACAAGCCACAUUUCCCAUCAGGAACCAAGCUAAUAACACACAUGUGGAUGGCUUUGACUUCAGGAGCAAUUAUGAAAUAUGGAGUACAACACUGAGGCUAGAACUGCCAAACUUCCUGUUUGAAACUGCAAACCACAGCAAACAAAGCCAUUUAAAUAGGCUGCAUACAUAAAAGAUUUAUUGCUUGAAGCCAUAAUAUGUGUAGGAGAAGUUUUAAAACAAUAUCUGGAUCUGUUAUUUUGUGUCUGUUGUCCAAGUAUCACUUUGGGGUUUCAUUAAAGGAGUUCAGCGUGUGCAUUAAGACUUUAGCUGUGUCAUUCUGCUGUAUAGAUCUGUUGUAUACUGCUACCAGCUUGCUGGUUGCUGUCUUCCAUAUGGCCUUCGAUAAACCAGGAUGUUGCAAUAGGUUAUUCUCCGAGCAUUUCUUUGUGUUUACUUAAAAACCAGUGUUUUCUGGUCAGAGUCAACCAACCACGCAGGUCAACAGAGACAGCCAGACUGAUCUUGUUUUCAGAUGAGUCAUUCUGUAUCAUUUCAUUGAGAAACUUUUAUCUUGUGUGUGUGUUUGCCAGUCUGUGUGUGCGUGUGUUGGUAUUGUGUGUGUUCAGCCUGUAUCCCUUGUGCGCUGGAGUCUCCCCUCCACCAUUCCCCUGUGUUUCUGCGCUCACACCUGAAGUGUCAGAAGAGGAGUGGAGCUCCAAGCUGUGAUGAAGCGUUCAUAGCUGCUCAGUCUUCUCCUCCUGUACAGUGGCUGCAGGGCACAUUUGGAGAACAAGUCAGAGAGGAGGUAUCCAAAGGGAGGAGGGGGGAAUGCGCGCAUGCUGUGACAGGCUGUGGACGUUUCCAUUUCUACAAGUCGAGCAGAGAAAUGAGUCUCUCUGAUUUUUAAAUAAAUCACCAGCGGCAGGAUUUGACCAAACAUUGCGCGCACCUCGUCCAUCGCCUGCGGAUCGUCACAGCACCAUGCGAGCGGGAGAGACGCGCCCUGUGCCAUGCUGAGCGAAUCCCCGACCCUCCUGCUGGCUCUGACCGCGGUGGCCGGACUUCUCCAGCGAUGCCAAAGCUGGAGCGAAGAAGACCUCCUCCUGCCGCCCAUCAACUCCUCCAACGGCUUCAUGGCCAACCUGGAGGUGGACGUGCGCUUCUCCAAAAGGUCCGUGGAGGAGAGCGACGCCUCGGCCGACGCCUCCUCCCUGCAGAGCCUGUCCCAGUGCAACGUGAGCGUCCAGAGACUGCAGCCCACCUCGCUGGUGGCGCACUGGGACAGCAGCUUCGGCUUCCAAUGUGAUGUGCUCAUCUACACCACCAACAACCACGGCAGGGCUUUUUUCUCCGCCUCAUUCAACAGGGUGACCUCCCCUGUCGUCAUCGAGCACCUGGGGGUCACGGGGGGUCAGCAGGAGUUGAGGCUGUGCGUGGGAUGCGGGAUGUCCAGAUACAGAAGGUUCAGUCAGGGCCGGUCGCGGGGCCAGCAGAGUGGGGAUCAGGUCACAUUCUGCUGUGUGGAUUUCAGCCUCGACGAGCUGAAGGGGGACAAAAGUUGGAGGCUGAACAGGAAGCCCAUCGAGUCGACACUUGUGGCUUGUUUCAUGACUCUGGUGAUCAUCGUGUGGAGUGUUGCUGCUCUCAUAUGGCCGGUUCCCAUCAUUGCAGGGUUUCUGCCCAACGGGAUGGAGCAGAGGAGACCGAGAUAAUUGAACUAUCUUUACUUUAAUCAGCCUGUGCUGCCUAUAUUAUAACUGUAGCCAUUCAACUGUUCGCCUGAAUGAACCUGAUGAGGAGCUUUGGGAAACUUCUUGAUCAAAUGCUUUAGUUCUUUUGGUGACCUUUAACCCUUUAUUAGACCUCCUCUUCUCUAGCACAACCAAGGUAAAGUAAGGUGGGUUAUAGCCAAUAUUAAUCUCUACUGGGACCAAUGGAAAUGUGUUUUGUAUACUCUUGUAGGCCUUCCUAUAGGUUAUGUCUGCGUUAACUGUGCAAACUUUUCUCCUUAAACAGUGUUUGUAUAGUUUUUAAUCUUUCUAGAAAGUUUUUGCCUUAUAUCCCCUGUGUUAGGACUUUUGCACUGAGAACUGAACUUUGGAGUUUGCCGUCACAUAUUUAACCAAUAGUCAUGUUUGAAGUAAAAUGUAAUAGUUUUUUCCAACACAAUCAGAUAAAUAGUGUUGUUUAUGACUGACUGAGAGGGUUUCAAUAUUUAUAUUGUUAGGUUUAUAUUGUUCAGUACAAUAUACAGUACAUGCUUAUUUGUAUUCAUGUUCCAAGAGUUUAAAAAUAAACUUGAUUAUAGCCGAUACCUCA